AUGCCCGCCCCGACAAUUCCUCCAUUCCUCCUCCCUAGAGGCCUACCCACAGCCCGCACCCUGCGUACCCUGCAGCACCAGCAACGUGCCAUCAACAGCGCCCGCUGCUUCACCUCGACCAGCCCAGCAUCAGCCAAAAAAGCCGACAAAGGCCGCACCCUAGCCCAACCAGAUAAAUUUCGCCCCCCAUCUCACCCAGCUCGCCUCGUCGCAGCACGCGCCUCGCCAACAGGCCAACCCAUAAACUAUGGCCCCCGCCUAACGGAAGCACAACGCGAAGCCCAAAAAACAAAGCAAUACCCCAACAUGUUCCCGCCGGAAGGAACGGUCAUGUUCAAGUUCCUCACGAGUCGCUGGAUCCACGUGUGGAUCGCAAUGUCCAUCUUAACCUCUCUCGCGGUCUUUGUGUUCUCGACGAACUUUAAAGCGAGAUCGCCCUUUGCGCACCUGCUUCCGGCGUGGUCAGGACUCUUGUCGCAUCCUAUUGAUACGGUCUCGCAGUUCUUGCAGGUGUGGAGGAUGGACGUGCAGCAUAAUUCGCUGCGUGUGAGGGAGCAGAGACAUCGGAGGGUUGAGGAUGCGGAGAAGAGGAGACAGUAUCGUGUUGCGCAUGGGCUUGAGGAGCCGAAUGAGUCGGAUAAAAAGGCGCAGGAGGGGAAGGAGGUGGAAGUGGAUGAUCAGAGUCCUGUUGCUAUCGCGGAGGGGGAGUUCGUGGAUUGGGAAGGGAAAAAGAAGCCUGUCAAGAAGUGGCUUGGUAUCUGGUGA